UGCGUCCCAAACACCGUCCUACCAGACCCGUCCCAAAUCCACCGCGGUCCGGAUGGGCGAGACCGUCACCCUGUACUGUUCCUUCCACCGUCUGAGGAACAAACCGGUCAUGUGGCUGGGGCCGCCAAACUUCCAGGUGAUUGCCAGCGGUCGUGAUGUAGACGUGAAUAAGUACAGCAGGCACGCGAUAGUCGGGGACGCAAGGAGAGGGGAGUUCAACCUGAAGAUCCAUGACGUCAGGCCUGGGGAUGAGGGGGACUACAGGUGUACUGUCUUCUCCGUCCCACCUGCACAGGACGCCAGGAUAACAGUCAUCGUGCCUCCUCCCAGCCCUCCCACUAUCACGGGCGAGACCAUGGAGCUGCGCGCGGGGAAGGGGCUGGUCCUGACGUGCCGCUCGGUCGGGGGGAGGCCGCUGCCCCGCCUGUCCUGGUACAACGGCACGCAGAAGUUCGUCAUACCCGCUGCGGACGAGGACGAAGGGAAUGCACCCGGCGAGGUGUCUCUGACUCUCCUGGUGCGCUUCCUGUCCAAGUGGGACAACAGAGCCAACUUGACCUGCCGGUCCGACCAGGGGUACCCGGAUGUAGUCAGGCCCCAGCAGACGACGGCCAUACUGAACGUACAGUACUCCCCGACUGUAAAAGCCGAGCAGACGUCUGUGACGGUUACGGAGGGACAGCCCGCCAACCUGACGUGCCACGCCGAGGGGAACCCGCGCCCCGUCAUCAGGUGGAAGAAACUGGCGGGAAGCAUGUCGCAAAACAGGCUGGAAAGGACUCGGACCACGGCUGCAGCUGACAGUUCUAAUGAUGAGGAAAUGGCCGAGGCACAUGGAGCGGAUGGGGUGUGGGGUUCCAAAUGUCUGUCCGCAGAGCAGUUGGGCAUCGGUCCAAACUGGAAGACUCUUAACAGUCACUUCAUCCUCCAAGCUCCAUCCUCAACCUACUUAGGAAGUCAUGAUUCUGAUUGA